GUGACGUUUUCUUUCCUGCCUGCCGGAACACAGACGGGAUUAAGCUAACAAGUUAGCAAUGUCAGCUGUCGAGGAAAGUUCUAACGAUUCCGUAGAGGUGAAAGAAGACAGUGAGUUUGACGCGGAGGCCGAGGACCAACUCGGGGAUGACCAUGUCCUCGACCCGACUCGAUAUAUAUUUUACAGAGACCGAAAGGAGUGGGCUGACCUGGAGCCCGUUCCUCAGGAUGACGGACCGAACCCCGUGGUGAAGAUCGCCUACUCCGAAAAGUUCUCCGAUGUUUACGACUAUUUCCGUGCCCUCCUGAAGAACAACGAGAGAAGUGACCGAGCCUUCGCCCUGACAGCGGAGGCCAUCGAGCUGAACGCUGCAAAUUACACCGUGUGGCACUACCGGCGGGUUCUCCUGCAGGCCCUGUCAAAGGACCUGAGGGACGAGAUGAGGUACAUCACUGCCAUCAUCGAGGAGCAACCCAAGAACUAUCAAGUCUGGCAUCACAGACGUAUGGUGGUGGAGUGGUUGAACAACCCCGCGGAGGAAUUGGAGUUCAUCGCCGACAUCCUCAGCCAAGAUGCAAAGAACUACCACGCUUGGCAGCACAGACAGUGGGUCAUCCAGGAAUACAAACUGUGGGAUAAUGAGCUGGAGUUUGUGGAGAGUCUGCUGGAAGAAGACGUGAGGAAUAACUCUGCGUGGAACCAGAGGCAUUUUGUGAUUUCUCUCACCACAGGUUUCUCUGAUCCAACCAUAGCGGAGAGAGAGAUUCAGUAUUGUCUGAAACAGAUCAGGAAGGCUCCCCACAACGAAAGCGCAUGGAACUAUUUGAAAGGGAUGCUGCAAGACCGAGGUCUGUCAUCUCAGCCUGGUCUGCUGGAGAGAGUCCUGGAGCUGAAAGAGACACACUGUUCACCUUACCUUCUGGCAUUUCUUUUCGAUUGCUAUGAGGAUGCCUUGGAGAACAGCAGCCAAAAGGAAAAUGUGGAGGAAGACGAACAAAAGGAAACUUUAAGGAAAGCUCUAGAAAUUUGUAAUCUUCUAGCACUGGAGAAGGACGCCAUCCGCAAAGAGUACUGGUUGUUUCUGGGACGGUCUUUAAAGAGCAAACACGGGAUCAGCGGUAACUCGGACGACCUGGAACCGUCGGUCCCGGCGUCCGGCCAGCAGGAGACGAGCUAGACCUCCAGGGGACUCGCACCAUUUUUUUCCACUCCCGUCCUGCUUCGUCAGUGCUGCCGGCAGAAACCAAUCCAUGCAGUUUGAUAUUACUGUAAAGUGCGAUCAUGUACGAUAUUGCUGAAUACGUUUCUUACAGUAAACCACUAACAUGAGGUCAGCUUCGGGUACGCAUCGAGACUGACGGUAACACUUACUGAAAUCUAAUUACAAAUGUUGCAUCAGAUGGUUUAAAACAAAAUAUCAGAAUUAUUUCCCACUGAACCGCUGUAGAAACUGACCGUAUGAUAGCGCUUAAGGAAUUUUCAUGAGGUUUGGCAGGUUUUAGUUAGAGAAUUUCUUUUUUCUUUUUUUAUGAAGUGCGAAAAAUCAUCAUGAAAGAGACUUGGUAAUGAAGUGAGAGUGGAUUGUGAAACUAAUUUACCCAUGAUAAUAAAGCAGAUGAGAGAUAAAAUGCAGCGGUAUGCUGCUGCGUUCUCAUCAAUGAAUCACAA